AUGAAAGGAAUUCUUUGGCCAAAGGCACAACUUCGGAUAAGCCGAUACUCCAACCCUUGGAUUGCUCCAUGUCGACGAACAGCUAGCAUAACAAGGGUACCAGAUGGGCAAACUCUCACUCUUCCCGAUAGCCGCCUCCUGGGGUUCGCAGAAUUCGGCAGUCCAAGCGGUUACCCAGUCUUCUUCUUUCACGGAUUUCCCGCGUCGCGCUUCGAAGCUCAAGCUAUUGACCAGCUUGCUCGCGCUCACCAGCUUCGUCUCAUCUCUCCCGACCGCCCUGGAUUUGGGCUCUCGACCUUCCAGCCCGGUCGCCGUAUUGUCGAUUGGCCGGCCGACGUCCAAGCUCUCGCCCAGCAUCUAGGCCUCUCCCGUUUCGCGAUACUGGGCGGCUCCGGCGGCGGGCCCUAUGCCUUGGCAUGCGCGCUUUGUCUGCCACAUGAGAUGAUGUCCGCCGUUGGACUGAUGGCGAGCGCUGGGCCAUGGAAAGCGGGCACACACGACCUGGCCGUGUCGCGACGAAUCACGAGUUGGCUAGCGACCAACAGACCCAGCGCGCUGGUCCGCCUGUCCGACUUGUUCGUGGCAGUCUCAAAAAAGAUCAUUGCUACACGCCAAGUCACUCGGUUGAUAGACAACAUGAUCCGGAGAGCCAACGGCAUGGAGGGUUCGAGCGGCCGUGACGACGGUUCUUGUGCGUUGGUUGAAGCGCAACGCAAGCUGAUCUUCAGCGCGGUGUUUGAAGCAUUUGCACAAGGGUCUGCGGGCGUUGUGCAGGACGCUCGUUUGUUGACGAAUGAUUGGGGGUUCGAGUUCGAGGAUGUCACUUACGAUAGGAUCCAGGUGUGGCACGGGACGAAGGACAAGAAUUCGCCGGUGCGGGCGAUCCGGUAUAUGGUUGAGCGUCUGCCCCACGGCGACCUUUGCGAGUUUGAGGGGGACAACCACUACGCUCUUGCGCACCAUACCGAGCGCAUCCUGGCCGAGCUUGUGCCGGAGAAGGAGAAAGCGGUGUUCAAUCGCAGUACGGAGUAG